CAUAGGGGCUGCAGGACUCGGCUCGGGUUUCGGGGCCGUGCUUCCUCGUAACGGACCAGAGGACAGACAGCAGGCCUCGCGGGGCAGGACGCGGAGCCGUGCCGCGGCGGGCGAGCCCGGGUCUGCAUGCGAGGCCGAGUCCGCGUCCGCGCCCGCGCCCGCGCAGGAAUCGCCCCCUCCCCGCGGGCCGCCGGGCGGGUCGGCGCGGCUCCGCCUCCGGCCGCCGAGAAAACGCGGAGAGCGGAUCGUCGCGGGCGGAAGGGAGCGGCGCGCCGGCCCUGCGCAUGCUCGGUGCCGCCCGGCGGGUCUGCAGACUCCGGCUUCGCGCGGCAGUGCGGUUCCCUCCGCUCCUCAUGGCGGAGCCCGGGACCCCUCGGGGCGCGGUUCUGAAAGAUGUGGUGGCUUAUGUGGAAGUGUGGUCAGCCAACGGAACGGAAAAUUAUUCAAAGACGUUUACAAACCAACUUGUGGAGAUGGGGGCAAAGGUCUCGAAGACGUUCAGCAAGCGCGUGACGCACGUGGUGUUCAAGGACGGGUACCAGCGCACGUGGGACCGGGCGCAGGAGAGGGGCGUGAAGCUCGUGUCGGUGCUCUGGGUGGAAAGGUGCAGGACGGCGGGGGCGCACGCGGACGAGGCCCUCUUCCCCGCGGCCAGGCCCCCGGAGCACCUGCCCUGCCUGGUGAGAAGGAAGCAUAAGUGUAUGCAGCCCAAAGAUUUUACUCCUAAGACACCAGAAAAUGAUAAGAGACUUCAAAAGAAAUUUGAGAAGAUGGCAAAUGAGCUACAAAGGCAAAAAACAACUCUAGAGGACGACGUCCCCGUGCUCCUGUUCGAGUCCGGCGGGUCGCUGGUGUACAGCCCCACCGCUGCCGCGGCGGUGCCCGGCGGCCACCACCUGGCCAUGGAGAAGAGGCUGCGGGAGAUGAAGGAGAAAAGGGAAAAUCUCUCCCUCACCUCUUCCCAGAUGAUGGAAAACUUGGAUGAUGACAACUCUCCGUGCGAAGCGUCUCUGAACGUGUCCCAUGAUGCUUCGUGUUCAGACGACUCCUUUGCUGGCGGCCUGCAGUCGUCUUUCGAUGAGCUGUGUGGCCGCUCGGGCCGCGGGCGUCAGGACCGGAGCCCGGGAGGAUGCGCGGGGGACACUCGGAGUGCCGCGCGCGUUUCCGCGCCUGCCAUGGGGACCAGCAGCGCGCAUCCGUCCGCCUCGCCCCCGCACCGCGGCGGGUCGACGCCUCGGCAGCCCGCGCGCCCUCUGCCGGAGGGAGGACGAAGUGGCCGGAAAGACCCUGCGGGCGGAGCGGCCACCCCUGGCGCGGGGCCGUCUGGGCGGGGCGCGAAGCCGUGUGCUGAGAAGUGCGGCCCGUCCCCUGCGUCCCCUGCACCACCGGGAGGCCGCCGUGGGGGGCGCUCACGGCCCGGGGGCUCCUCGGCCAAGAGAGCGAGAGCGUCCCCGCGCCCAGAGUCGCCGCCGCCGCCGCCGCCGCCGCCGGGAGGGAGCCCCAAGAGAAGGAGGUGCAGCGGGAAGUCCCCCGCGCCCCGGCUGCGGCUGUUCCAGGCGGAGAAGCCCCUGCAGCCCGCGGCCGGGCCUGCGGUCGAGCCGCCGGACCUCUGGGCGUCCUUGUACGAGGACUACUUUUCCCCCGAGAAUCUCAGGGAAAGGCACUCGGAGACGCUCCUUCCCGGGUGGCAGUCCCCCUCCAGCCCCGCGCGGUUCCGGGGCGCCGUCGGCCUCUCCAAGAGGGAGAGGAGGAGCGUCCUAGAGACGUCCGACUUCUCCUGCAUCCGCAAGAGCCUCACGUCCACGUCCGCUGACGCCGCCAGCUCCCCCGCACCCACGGGCGUCCAGCCGGACACACCUCCGGGCGGCGUGACCCCUGAGACCCCACCCGCUGUCCAAGAGGCCGCAGGGUGUGGCCGCCGGGGCGAGGCUCAGCAGACAGAGGGUGCCGGCCCGGACGGGACUCGCUGCCCCUGCUCCAGUCCCUGCGCCGACCCAGAGCCCACACGUCCUCCGCCUGCGCGUCCCGGCGACGCCACCCCCGCGACAGGAGGCGCCGGAGAAACCAGGGACUCGGUGGGCGUGUCCGCAGGCGGGCCGACAGGAGGCCCCACCCCCAGAGCACUGCGUCCCUGCGAAGGUGCUGAGGACCGGCCCACCAGGCGCGGCGCCGUGGACGGCUCGCCGGCCGGCCGCGAGGACCCCAGCGGACCGCACGAGGCCCCGAGGAGGAGAGGGAAAGGCCAAAAGCCGACGAGGACGCUGGUCAUGACGAGCCUGCCGCCCGAAAAGCAGAGCAUCGUCCUCCAGGUGGUCGCCAAGCUGAAGGGCUUCUCCGUGGUGCGCGAAGUGUGCGGCAGCACCACACACGUGCUGGCCGGGCAGGCGCUGCGCACCCUCACCGUGCUGCUGGGUCUGGCGCGCGGCUGCUGGAUCCUGUCCUACGAGUGGGUGCUGUGGUCGCUGGAACUGGGCCACUGGAUCUCUGAGGAACCCUUCGAGCUUUCCGGCUCCUUCCCUGCGGCUCCUCCGCGGCGGCGUUCUUGGCUGCUUGGGAAGACAGAAGAGCGUUUGCAUGGGGUUCGUGGAAGGAGGAGAGCUCUGCCGCCUGGAGCGCCACCUGUCGGCCAGGCCCUACCGCGGGACCCUGUUCGCUGGGCAGCCCCCGAUGUUCCUCUCGCCGGCCAGCGCCCCGCCCAGAGCCAGGCUCGGGGAGCUGGUCCGCCUGUGCGGGGGCCGGGUCACCGGCGUCCCGCGCCGGGCCGGCAUCUUCAUUGGGCCCUGCCACGGGGAGAAGAAGGGGACCGGCACGCACCUGUCGGAGAAGUGGAUCCUAGACUCCAUCACCCGGCACCAGGUCUGCGCCUGUGAGGACUACCUGCUGCAGUGACGGGGACGCCCCUCCACGCACGGCCCUGCCGGCGGCCCGCGCAGCGUCACCGGGCGGUCCCGUGACCCAGACUGCGAGGCGAGGACCCGCCCGCAAAGGGGCCUCUCUGUGGACAGCG